CUUUAUGUCAGUUUCUUCUUCUUCUUCGCUGUCUGAAAACCAACAAUUGACCAUGUUCUUAUGCAUCACUUCUUCGUUGCCAACGGUGCCGAUUUGUCAAUAUCCGAUACGCCGCAGUAAUCGUCACAGCGUGCUUGAUUGACCGACGGUGGUUUUGCUUUCUCCACAUCAUAAAUUCGCCUCUUGGCUCUACAGUAAUUUAGUUUGCAACAUCAAGAAAUGAAAGAGUGUAAAACUAAUUUGACCGCGACCAAAGCACCACCUUAUAUGGUUGCGGCUAGCGAGUUCAUUCGCCUAUAUGUGUUCAAGACUCGACUAUAGGCGAAUGAACUAGUUUGUCGCAACAAUAUAAGAUGGCGCCACAUAUGCGCAAUCAUUUGCUUCUCUAUAAGGAGAAAUUAACAAUGAGCUCCAUUCGUCAAGAGAAUUUGUUCAUGUCACAUUAAAUGCCAUUGAAUCACAUUCCUUUACCAUCGAAUAACCUACCGACGACGAGCGUUAAAACUCACAAUCAGAUCAAAAGAAGACGAAGUUUGCUGCUUACUACAAAGAUCAAAGGCACCGUGUUGAAGCGAUCGAUUCGCAAAUGGGUGAAUCACAAAAAUCCUGAAAGUGUCCUUAUUAUCAAACAGCCUUGUAUUACAGUUUUUAUGUUUUAAUUCAAUUGCCAUAAUAGAUUUGCUCGAGCAUGCAAGUUCCACUGAUGUCGCAAUUAUUAAUGUCGUGUGUAAAAGAGCAAAAAGUACCAUGCCCAUGGCGACGACCACGGAUUGCUGCUACCGCAAAAGGUCAACACAAAGUAACCGCUGCCAUUACGAAGAAAGAUUUAAAGCCCAUAGGGAAAAUGGCAACGAAUGAUGUGAGCAAUUUGGUGGCCAUCGAAACGAUUACACAACGAACAAGAAAUCUAAGAAAAUCACUGCAUAAAAUUCAAAAACAAUUCGAUAAUCAAGCAAUCACAAAAUUCUUUCAACGUACACUCAAAGCAAAUACUUAUUCGCCACAAUUUGGAAGCGAUAACGAUGAGAAUGCAUGCGAUGCAUUCAAUAAUGCAGAACAAUUGAGCGACAACGAUGGCACCGACAACCAAUUGGCCCAAAUAAACGAAGACAAUGAGGAAUUGUCUUCAUAUACAAACAAUGAAAACGAUAACGCGAAUAAAAAUGACAAUGUGUGCUUGAUAAAUGGCGACAACGAUCAAAAUGACCAAAACACCAAUGGCACCACUACCAACAGUAUUCAACACACAAAUAUUUUUUUACAAAAACCGGUGCUUCAUUUGAACAUUGAUAAAUCACUAAAUCAAGCCUCAUCAAUUGUUAUCAACAAGCAUUUGGAAGUGGUUGGUCCGAACUUUGCCACAUCAUUUCCGGCAUUUGCCAAUAACAUCUCCGUGCAAAACACUGCCAAUAAUAUACAAAAUAAAUCAUCGGAGGAUGAAUCAAGCGCCGAACAAAAUGAUAGGCACACACCAAACGAAUCGAUUGUCAAAGGUGAAAAGACAAAAGGUGGCGGCAAACCACGGCUACGAAAGCGUCGACCACGUAAAUGCGCAAGCCGAUGGGCAAUUGAUAAUAAUGGUGCACUUAUCGAUGCAAUUAUUGAUUCGGAUAGUAAUUCAUGUGAUAGUGGCGUGGUUAGUGACAGAUCAUUCGAAUUGAAUUCCACGGAUGGCAAUAAACCAACAACGCCACAUCGCAUUGUAUGUCCGUCGACAACAUCGACACCAACACACGAAGAGACGCCAGGGAAAUGUUCGCCAGCGUCAAACAUUCUGAAUCGAAUGAAUCAAGUCAAACGGCCAACAGUCAAACGGGCCAGAGGAAAACAAACACCGAAAAGUCCAAGGAUCAACGAUGCCAAGUCAUUUUUCACAAAACUUACCGCAGUGGUCGAUGCAAAAAUCGCCGAAGAUACUAAAACCGAAGAAAAUCUAAUAACAGAUGAAUCGAAAAAUGAUAUUGAUUGUGAAAUGUCAGCGAUCAUAAUCGAACCGAAUGACGUUCAAAUUGUAAAAUGUUCUACACCGAAGCCGAUGGUAUCGCGUUCGUCAACUCCACUACAAAAACCAAUGCAAUCAAAGCAAAUGACUGAUUUCUUUCCGGUUCGGCGCAGCAUUCGCAAAACGAAAAAGGCCGUCGAGCAAGAGCAUUUGAGGUACAUCGAAAAGGCAAUCGAACAACAAUGUGAGGAUGGUUUAGUUGUUAAAUAUUUUAAGGAAAAAGGUCGUGGAAUUUGCGCUGGACGCCCAUUUGCACGUGGCGAAUUUGUUAUUGAAUAUAUUGGCGAUUUAAUUGAACAAAACGAAGCCGAUCGGCGCGAAGAGAUUUAUGCAAAAGACGCUGCUUUUGGGUGCUAUAUGUAUUAUUUUAAACACAAGGAACAACAGUGGUGCAUUGAUGCAACAGCCGAAACCGGUAAAUUGGGGCGUCUCGUCAAUCAUUCGCGUAACGGAAAUCUUGUAACGAAAAUUGUAACUUAUAAAAAUCGGCCACAUUUGGUAUUGAUUGCCAAAGAGAAUAUCAAAGAGGGCGAGGAGUUGACUUAUGAUUAUGGUGAUCGGACACGCGAAUCGCUCGUAAAUCAUCCUUGGCUCGCUUUAUAAACCAAAAUUAGAAUCUACACAUGAUUCAUGUGACAUGAAUAAUAGGCGCGAAUGGUGUUAAUGGCACACGUACAAACAUUCUCAAUGCAAACCGACAUUUUUAUUCAACAAGACUCAUAGAAAUGAAAAUCAACUCGAAAGUGUUCCUAUAUAUAAAACUAUUUAUGAGUCACGAGUUCAUUCGACCGAAAGGUUUAGACAUUUUUAAAUUCACAUAUAUCAUAUAUUAAUUUUAACCCGUUUUUUUCGUAGAAUUUAGUCAAUUGUAUAUUGAGACAUUUGAUUUCAAUGUUUAAAUGAGAGAAUUUCGAUUACUGUUCAAAAGCCAAAAAAUACGACACUUUUUUUUGUUAGGAAAUAUUGAAAUUGUGCUGAGUUAAGCGAAACCCAAUCGCGAUAGAAAUUUUUUUUAUCAAAAUUUGUAUUUUCACAAAAGAAUUUUAAGAGUAUUCUACCUUCACUCUGCUUUUUCAUCACAUUUCACAAUUAUUUAAUAUAUCUACUGUUUAGAUAAAGCUAGUGUACUUCGUACUAUUUACCAAUCAUUUAUAAUUUCUUUUUUCGUUAAGAAAUGCAAUUUGAUUUGAUUUGAUAAUCAUGCCCAUGACUAUCGUAGUAAAUGCUAAAUUUAUUUAAUAAUAAUUAAUCAUUAUCGGUACGCAUACACACAUACAUAAAUCGAGUGAUCGAUUUAACGGAACAAGCUUAAUUAAGAAAUAAUUAUGAAUGAACGAAAGAAUGAGAGAGAGAAAAAUAGAGAACAACUAUAUACAAUUGUAAUAUCAUGAGAUCAUUGCACUUAUUCUAUAUGUUAUUUAUAUCUCAAAACGGCUAAUUACUAUUUAAAUUCUAUUGGCAAUUAUGCAGUAUAUAUUUAAAAAACGAGUAUAUUUCAAUUGUUUAGAUUUAAAAAACAAAAUUGUAUAAUUUAUGUUUAAUAAUAUUUAGUGUGUUUCAUUUUCAUUUGAUAUCCAUUGCAAAUGAAGGUCGAACAUACAAGAUUCAAAACUACGGUCUGACUCCAAUAAUUUGAACUUUCCUAUUUGAAUGAUUCAAAUAAACAGAGUCCAAUUGUAUUAGACAGAGCAAUUAGACAUCAAAAUUUAUAUUAUUAUCAAUUGUUGGCAUAGAUUUUGAAAGGGCUUAUUUUUUUUUAAAUAAUA